AUGGCGCAAUCUUCUGUUGAUCAUGAGUCGGUUCUCGCUUCUUCAUCAGAGCCCGAAUACAUCACCCAAACCUUUCGCAUCACCCGCCAGGAAGCCCUUGACAAGGCAGGCGAUCUGGUUCACACUCUCAUGUGUAUCGAUGUAGAGCAGAGCGCCCUCCGAUCCCGCAUGAAAGAUUGGGCAGAUGUUCACACCUUUCACGUUCUCCCCCGCGGCAUGAAGAGCAGAGUUAUUCGUCACUUUAAGGCCAUGUUGGACGAAGACAUGACUGAGACUUCCUGGGAAGAGCGAGUUCCAGGACCAAAGAAGGAGAUCUUACGUUCAGACCUUGCCAAGCCGUGGCUUGAUAAACUCAAGGACGUGAUCUCUUAUCUUCCUGACAGCGCGAAGCAGCAGCUGCUUGAGGGCGAGCUAAUCAUUCUCGCUUUGACCAACAUCCUCGAAUUACACGAUGUCCUGCAGCAACAGCAAAUCCAGCACGAAACGAAACAGGCCGAUCUAGUUGAGGCCAACUUCGCCAAGUUCCAGGACGUAGCUGAUCAAGUCAAUCGUCUCGAGAAGGCUGUCAGUCGCCGCCCUUCUGGGUAUCGCGGGUGGUCCUCCCAUUCUGUUUCGGACAUCAGAGUCCAGAAGCUGAAGGCCGUGUAUGCUAAGCUUCAACAAGACAACAUUGCUAUUCCUCAAGAACUCGACCAGUUGGCCUCAUGCAUCUGUCCUCCUGACAAACUUACGGAAAUUUUGAAUCGAGAAUAG